CUCUGCGGCCUCCAUACAGUACAUUGAAACAAAAUGGCGGCCCCUAUUGACAACGAUUUAAUUGAAAGCGAUUUGCCUGCAGCUGUACAGCUGCUGAGAAAUCUCACCGAGCAGGUGGCCUCGGUUACCAGUAAUGUCCGUGAGCUGAUCACAAAAGUCAAAGAUGGAGCUUUUCAGACAUCAGAGGGUUUGUCUUUCUUGGACCUUCGGUAUCACCUGCUGCUCUUCUACCUUCAAGACCUCACUCACCUGAUCUGCAUCAAAACAGAAGGAGGCAAAAUAAAAGACAGUGACGCCUUGAGCAGACUGGUCACAAUCAGAACGGUCCUGGAGAAGAUGCGACCACUAGACCACAAACUGAAGUACCAGAUUGAUAAACUGGUUCGUACAGCUGUCACCGGCAGUUUAGCUGAAAAUGACCCGUUGCAGCUGCGUCCUAAUCCAGAGAAUCUCCUCAGCAAAUUGAGCGAAUCUGAGGAGUCUGAAGGAGAAGCUGAGGAUAAGACGGAGAAGAAAGCAGCCCACUCUAGUGGCAGGAAAUAUGUACCGCCAAAGAUUGCCCCAGUGCAUUAUGAUGGUGACAUGACAGAAACGGACAAGAAGAAGGCUCAGUCAGAGCGCCAGCGUCGAGCUGCCCUCCAAAGCUCUGUGAUCCAGGAGCUGCGACAGCAGUACAGCGACGCUCCAGAGGAGAUCAGGGACCGACGAGACUUCCAGAGCGACCGCGAGAGCCGCGACGAGCUCCAUAGGAAAAACUACGAGGAGUCGAUGUUGGUGCGUCUCAACAUGCCCCAGCGUCAGAAGGGCGUCAGAAAGAGAGGCAUGAUGUCCAUGUCCGGCCAGCUGAGCGGCAUCACAAACUUCGGUGACAUCACAGCUCUAACAGGCGGCGAGGGUAUGCAGGAUGAGGAUGACUCUCGGCCAAAGAAAAAGAAGAAAGUCAUGAAGAAAAAAAACAAAAAAAGAGCUUUUAAGAAGCACAGAUAACCUGAAACACGAGGUUCACCGGUUGAAGACCAAAUGAUGAAGACUUCACCAACUGCAUCAUCACUUUAGUUUAAGAGUUUACCAUUAAGUUAGUUGUGCCAGUCAUUAAUUCUCCACUUCACUUUGUUUUUAUUCAAUUUGUGGAAUAAACUUUUACUGCUG